AUGGAGAAAUUUACAAAUUGGAGAGAUGCUGCGACUGGGAUCUCGCCCUUUAUGCCGAUACCGAAUUCCAAUAGCGGCAAAGGAGCAGUGAAGUAUUUGCUUGGCCCUGUGAGACUGCUGGCUUUCGCUGUUCGCGGGUUGUUCUUGGUGCUUCUGCUGGCACUUUAUAUCCUGAGUGUUCCGGUUGCACCAUUACAGAAGCUUGUAUUAGGUCUUUUGCUAGAACUGGUUUUUGGCGUAAUCGAAACGGAGGUCCAGAUUGACGGAAUCAAGAGGUCGAACACCAAGCUGACCAAGGUCAAUAGACCCAACAAGCGUGAUCUGGUGAUUGCCAAUCUCUCUUCGCCGCUAGAUCCACUUGCUCUGGCUUGUAUCAGCAAUAGCAGCAUAAGCUCAUGUCUAUUUCUGAUACCGGAUGGAGCUGGAGAUCUGAGAUCAUACUCUGUGUGGGGGGCCUUCAAGUUUGCACUAUCUGAUCCGGUCACAGCUCACCAGGGCGAAAUCAUUCACGAUGUUGCAAAAUUUAAAAACAAGACACUUUUCGUGUUCCCAGAAUCGACAACUUCGAACAACAAGGCUAUCUUGCCUUUUAACCCAAAAUUGGGCAAGUUAUCAGAUCUAAUGGGAGAAAACACCUUCAAGCUCAAGGCUAUAAGCACCAAGUCGUAUCCACCACAAUUGACCACAACUCCUUUGCCGACCUCAGUCAUUACCUUUCUGUGGACCAGCUUGUCACACUUGAAGUUUGAAACCAGGUUCAAGUCGAAGGUUUUUCUUUUGGAGUCGGAAUCCACCUGGAAAGAGGCCAGGACUGCACUGACUAACUAUGGCAAGUUGAAUCUGGUGGGAAAUUCGCUGAAUUUGCAGGCGAAGAUCGCGUUCAUUGCUGCUUUCAAGAAGGGGAAGGGCAUUUCCUAA